UUAGAGCAGGAAGAAAGAAAGAAAGAGACCAGAUGGAGAAAGGGAAAAGUCCAAACUCCAACUCGCAAAGAAUUUGGGUUACGACCACUGGGGUAUCCUCCUAGUCCUAAGGCCCAAGAGUCCAAGACGUAUCCAUGGUUCCAACUUACAACUCCUUAGGAGUUACGACGUGGCACGUAAGCCUGCUCCGUUUCCAUUCCACCACACAAAAUUCCUACUUCAAUCCGAAAACUGGCAAGAACCUUUGCCUCUCUCACUCUCUCCCGUCGUCUCAAUUCCAAUCGAACACGAUUCUCUGAAAAUUUACUUCAGAUUCUCAUCAGCCUUAUUUGCUCAAUUGGGUUCGAUUUCCUCCUCCAUUACAGGCAAUCCGGCUUUCGAACCAACUGCUCUCUGUCUGGAGGUAAAUUCUAGGAAGCAGAUAGAGAGCAAGAGAGGGGAGAAAGGUCAUGGCUUUGGCAUGCGCUUCUUCUUCGCAGGCAAUCAUAUCAUCAGCCAACGCCUGCUCAUUCACAGCUUCAAACAGGAGAUGGCCUAGUUUCCAGAGCGGCAGGCGGCCAAGUUUGAAGCUUUUCACCGUCAGAGCUUCUUCGUCCGAGGUCGAUUCCGAUUGCAACACCGAGGAAUGUGCUCCUGAGAAGGAGGUCGGAAAGAUAAGCAUGGAUUGGGUAGCCGAGGAGAAAACCAAAGUGGUGGGAACGUUCCCACCUCGCACUCGUGGCCGUCCGUACACCGGCUACGUCGAGAAAGAUACCGCCGGGCAGACCAAUAUCUACUCCGUCGAGCCGACGGUUUAUGUAGCCGAGAGUGCUAUAAGUUCAGGCGCUGCUGGUUCUUCAUCCAGCGGAGCUGAAAACACAGCUGCAAUCUCCGGCGGCCUUGCCCUGAUUGCCAUCGCAGCUGCUUCGUCGAUUCUGCUUCAAGUCAACAAGAACGCACCGCCGCCUCAGGUGCAGACGGCUGCAUACAACGGCCCAUCUUUGACCUACUACAUCAACAAGUUCAAGCCACCGGAGGUCUUCCAAGCUGCAGCACCGACUGAACCGGAGUCUGUUGCGCCACCCGUGCAGACAGAAUCUGCCGUGACAGAAACAGAGUCCGCUGCAUCAGAAGCUCCCCAGGUAGAGGCUCAAUCAGAGGUCCAGCCAGAAUCUUCACCUGUAACCGAGAACUCUGCUGCGUCCUAAAGCUAAACAAGUUUUGUUCGAUCUGCCAAAAUUUUAUAGUACCUGUACUUCCGCUAAUGUAUAGAUACUUUAUCAUUGUAUUGGUAUCUUUGUUAUCGUGAAUGAGGAGAUCAGCAGAGGUUAUCGUGAUCCUCUUGCUGUUCAUUCGUUUUUAGUUCCCUUGAGCAAGGGUUCGGUUCAUAUAAGUUACAAUGCAAAUGGCCAUUUCUCGGACCUAAUCAUCAUAUCCUAGA